UCUCUCUCUCUCUCUCUCUCUCUCUCUCUCUCUCUUAUUUCUUCUUUGGAUUUUCUCUCUCUUUCUAUAUAUAUGGGCCACAUAGUUUUACUGUUAUGAUACAAUAUAGCCCGGUAUCAAAGCAAGGUGUUGUUGUGUCUGUUUGUUGGAGAAGAGAAUUAAGGAAAAAAAAAAAAGGAAGAAACUUUUGCUUUCUCUUCCUUUGUGCCUCCAUCGCAAUUUGCAGCUGCUAUAACACCUUUAUUUGUUCUUGUUCUUGUUCUUGGGCUAUAUAGCUAAGGGGGUCAUAAAUUCUCACAAUUAGACAUGUCGAGCUGCGUGGAUGUUGUGCCUGAGCAACUCUGCUACAUCCCUUGCAACUUUUGCAAUAUUGUUCUUGCGGUGAGUGUUCCAUGCAGCAGCUUGUUUGACAUAGUGACCGUCCGAUGUGGGCACUGCACUAAUCUAUGGUCCGUGAACAUGGCAGCUGCCUUUCAGUCACUUUCAUGGCAAGAUUUUCAGGCACCAAGCCACAACUCGCCUGAUUACAGAAUUGAAUUGGGUUCUUCAUCGAAGUGCAACAACAGGAUCUCAAUGCGUGCACCAGCUCCUCAUAAUAUUGCUGAAGAAAGGGUCGUUAAUCGACCUCCCGAGAAGAGGCAGCGAGUACCUUCUGCAUAUAACCAGUUCAUAAAGGAGGAGAUUCAGAGGAUCAAGGCAAAUAAUCCUGAAAUCAGCCACAGAGAAGCAUUCAGUACUGCUGCCAAAAAUUGGGCACAUUAUCCUCAUAUUCACUUUGGUUUGACAUUGAACAACCACCAAACUAAGCUCGAUGAUGCCUCUGAGAAGCACCUAAUGUCAAGGGCUGCACUAUAUAACAAAUGAUGGUUUUGGAGUUUCAUCAAGACCUGUUCUUAAUUGGAAGUUCAUGCUCUGGAAGCAAUUAAGGAAAGGGUUGAGACUUCAACUUAAUGUGUUUGAAAGACAUGAUAAAAUCUUAUAUAUAUCUUUCUUCUUCAUUGUAUUUGCCUCAAGCUGUUUAGCAGAUGUUUGUUUACUUGACUUGAACUAAACUACUUUGUUAUUUUGUCAUUUAUGUGAAUCUUUCCCCUUCCAAGAUAAGGCCAAAAUAAAAUUUCAUUAUAUAUUCUCA